ACCUGCUCUUCUCUAGCCGGUGGGGACAGGAAGCGGACUUUGUUCCUAACUCUCCCUGCUUGACACCUGCUUUUGUUAGGGACAACGUUAAACCUUUUUGAGUGUAUUUUUCCCCAUCAUCAGGCUUUGAGAAGAGGCGUUUUUUUUUUGUAACCAGCAGGUGACAAUAGCCAUGAAGUGGGGCUGGGUGUUUCUGGGGGUUUUCCUGUCUUUGGGGACCCUGUCCUGGGGGGAGAAGGGCUUGGAGAUCCCCGAGUACGAUGGCAAAGACCGUGUCCAUGCUCUCAACGCCAAAAACUACAAGUCCAUCAUGAAGAAGUAUGACGUCAUGGUGAUCUACUACCAUAAAAAUGUGGACGGAAACCGCAAUGCCAUGAAGCAGUUUCAGAUAGAGGAGCUGGCUUUGGAGUUGAUCGCAAGUCAAGCAGCAAUUAUCUUUCAGCUCGCAGCUCAAGUUCUGGACGAUCUGGACGAUGAGGACAUUGGAUUCGGUCUGGUGGAUGAAAAGAAGGGCACUGCUGUUGCCAAGAAGCUGGGUCUGGACGAAGUGGAAAGCAUCUACAUCUUUGCUGAUAAUGAGAUCAUUGAGUACGAUGGAGAGCUGGCCUCCGACACUCUGGUCGAGUUCCUCUACGAUGUGAUCGAGGAUCCUGUGGAGAUCAUUGACAAUGAGCGCGAGCUGAAGGGUUUCUUCAACAUCGACGAGGUUAUCAAGCUGGUCGGCUACUUCAAGAGCGAGAAGUCUCCUCAUUUCAUUGAGUACGACGACGCUGCUGAGGAGUUCCACCCCUUCGUCAAGUUCUACGCCACAUUUGACCCCAAGAUUGCCAAGAAGCUGAAGCUGAAGAUGAACGAAGUUGACUUCUACGAGCCAUUCAUGGAGGAACCCGUCACCAUCCCAGGAAAGCCCUACAUUGAGUCUGAGCUGGUUGACUACAUCGAACAGCACGACAGGCCCACUCUGAGGAAGCUUGAGCCUCACAGCAUGUAUGAGAUCUGGGAAGAUGACAUCGAUGGAGAGCACAUUGUUGCCUUUGCUGAGGAGGAUGACCCUGAUGGUUAUGAAUUCCUGGAAAUCCUGAAGGAGGUGGCACGUGAGAACACAGAUAACCCCAACCUCAGCAUCAUCUGGAUCGACCCUGAUAACUUCCCCCUGCUGGUUCCAUACUGGGAGAAAACCUUCCGUAUCGACCUCUCAUCUCCUCAGAUUGGUGUAGUUGAUGUUGAGGAUGCUGACAGCGUGUGGAUGGAAAUGGACGACCAAGAUGACAUGCCUACAGCUGACGAGCUGGAACAGUGGAUUGAGGACGUUCUGUCUGGAAAGAUCGAUCCAGAUGAUGAUGAUGAUGAUGAUAAUGAUGAUGAUGAUGAUGACGAUGACGAUGAUGAGGACGAUGAUGAUGACGACGAUGAUGACGACGAUGAUGACGACGACGAUGACGAUGACGACGAUGAUGAUGACGAUGAUGACGACGAUGAUGAUGACGACGACGAUGACGACGAUGAUGAUGAUGAUGAUGAUGAUGACGAUGACGACGACGACGACGAUGAUGAAUAAAUGUUUACUACCAUCUUUCACUCCACAGUGUAUUAGCCAGUAAUAGUAAAACCCAAAAGUAGCUCCAGCUUUUUUCUAACAUCUUGCAGCAAACACACUUUGUGUCUGUUUGCUUUUUGUACGGUUCCCUAUUAGGGACAAAUAUAAUGACAUGGGAAACUUUUACUGCCAGUUAGGGAAGGAGAUUUCAGAUACGCAGAGGAUGUCCAUCUCUGUGGAUGAACGGGGUUACGGCUUAAAAUGUUAGUGUUAUACGUCCUUUGUGGCUGUACUGAAAUGUGCUCAUCUCUCACCUCUGGCCUUCACAGUGAAUGUGAGCAAAGAGGUUAACAGACACUAACUUCCCUGACAUUUUCUAGCCAAUAUCCCAUACCUGGGCACCCCCCUUUCUCAUUUUCUCUGGUUUACUGUAGUUCUGUUUCAAUGACAUGUUUUCUACUUGAUGAUGAGAAGAAACACUUUCUUGUACUUUUUUUUGUAAAAGUGAAUAAACCUAAACUCACUGGA